CUGGGUAUAUAAGAAAUGUCACCCCUCAGGAAGAUUAUUUUACACAGCAAGAGCACAUACGUGUACUACCCACUAUCUCCUUUUUAACCCCUGCAGCCGACUAUUGCGCACGCGAGACCAUUUUGGGGGGAGUUUACAGCCAUUUAUACGGGUGCACGCGUCCAAUAUGGAAGACUACCACAAACCAGACCAGCAGACUGUGCAGGCGCUCCGGAAUCUCGCCAACCGGCUCCGUAUCAACUCCAUCAAGGCGACCACUGCAGCGGGCAGCGGUCACCCAACAUCAUGCUGCAGUGUUGCGGAGAUCAUGUCUGUGGUCUUCUUUCAUACCAUGAAGUACCGACCUGAAGACCCACGCAAUCCCAACAAUGACCGCUUCAUCCUUUCCAAGGGUCAUGCCGCCCCUGUGCUGUAUGCCGCAUGGGCCGAGACAGGCUACCUGAAGGAGAAUGAGCUAUUCAACCUACGCAAGGUUGACUCCAUCCUCGAGGGUCACCCUGUCCCGAGGCAGCAGUUUGUAGACGUUGCCACCGGUUCUCUGGGCCAAGGUUUGGGAGCUGCCUGUGGAAUGGCCUACACUGGGAAGUACUUUGACGAGGCCAGUUACCGGGUGUUCUGCCUGCUGGGUGAUGGCGAGCUGUCCGAGGGCUCGGUGUGGGAGGCCAUGGCCUUCGCUUCCUACUACCAGCUAGACAACCUGGUGGCCAUCUUGGACAUCAACCGCUUGGGUCAGAGUGACCCGGCGCCUCUACAGCACCACGUCGAGAAGUACCAACGACGCUGCGAGGCCUUCGGGUGGCAUGCCAUCAUUGUGGAUGGUCACAGUGUGGAAGAGUUGUGCAAGGUCCUCAGCCAGCCCCGCCACCAGCCUCUUGCUGUCAUUGCCAAGACCAUUAAGGGCAAAGGCAUCCAAGCGGCUGAGGAUAAGAUGGGCUGGCACGGCAAGCCUCUCCCCAAAGACAUGGCUGAAGGUGUGAUAAAGGAGCUGCAGAGCCGCAUGGUCAGCUGCAACAAGCGUCUCUACCCUUCGCCGCCCAACGAGGACGUUGCACCGGUCAGCCUGCGCAACAUCCGCAUGCCCAACGCACCCAGUUACAAACCCGGAGAGAAGAUUGCCACCCGCAAGGCAUACGGCGUGGCUCUGGCCAAGCUGGGCCGCUACAACGAGCAUGUGGUGGCACUUGACGGAGAUACCAAGAACUCCACUUUCUCUGAGCUCUUUAAGAACGAACACCCCAACCGUUACGUGGAGUGCUACAUCGCCGAGCAGAACAUGGUGAGCGUGGCCAUAGGCUGCGCCGUCCGGGACCGCAACGUGGUCUUUGCCAGCACCUUCGCUACCUUCUUCUCGCGGGCCUACGACCAGCUACGCAUGGCUGCCAUCUCUGAGAGCAACAUCAACCUGUGUGGCUCCCACUGUGGCGUCUCCAUCGGAGAGGACGGUCCUUCUCAAAUGGGUUUGGAGGAUCUGGCCAUGUUCCGAGCCAUUCCCGGAGCCACAGUCUUCUACCCAAGUGAUGGUGUCUCCACUGAAAAAGCUGUGGAGCUUGCUGCUAACACAAAGGGGCUGUGUUUCAUCCGAACCAGCCGCCCCGAGAACAGCAUUAUCUACAACUGCAAUGAGGACUUCCAUGUUGGACAGGCAAAGGUGGUUUACAAAACCAAUGACGACCAUGUAACCGUCAUCGGUGCGGGGGUGACACUCCACGAGGCGUUGGCCGCAGCUGAACACCUGAAAAAAGAGCGAAUUCACAUCCGUGUGAUUGAUCCAUUCACUAUUAAACCUUUGGACUCCAAGACCAUUAUUGACAACGCCAGGGCCACCAGGGGACGCAUAAUCACUGUGGAAGACCACUACUAUGAAGGUGGUCUGGGUGAGGCGGUGUGCUCGGCGGUGGUGAACGAAAGCGGUUUCAGCAUCCACCGCCUGGCCGUGUCGCAGGUGCCCCGCAGCGGCAAGCCUCACGAGCUGCUCCAGAUCUUCGGCAUCGACCGCGACGCCAUCGUUCAGGCUGUCCGCAAGGUGCUCAGCGGCACCGCCAACGCCAAGUGAGAGCUCGGGCAUAUCUCCGUGGUGACAACAAACACGUAACUGGUUGAGAUAAGAGGGGGGACUUCUGUGCAGUCACUCUUCAUGAAAAUGCCCCUUUCCAUUGAGAAAUAAAAAUUUGUCAUUGUUGUUGGUUUGACACCCUAAAUAUGUUCUGUUGGCACAUGCACACCUCGAAGGCCCCUCCUGUUGUUUCCCAGCAAAAGUUCUGCUGUUGUGUGGAAGUGAAAGAAGUUAUGUGUACGGUAUUUUGUUUUUUGUUUUUUUUCAAUCCAUUUUGUGGAACCCCUCACUUCUGGGGUGCGACGCCACAUACACUCUCAAUUGUACACCCACCCACUCGUGGCGACAUGGUUUGUAUCAGCGCACUGACUGCUUUUAAAGCCCGUCUUAGCCCCCACUUACAACAAGAUGCCCUCACACCAAUAAAAUGAUGCUUUCUUCACCACUCUUUUCUGACUAUUUUUUGCAGUACAAGCCAAAUGUCUGAGAAAAAAAAUUGCUUCGGGUUCUUCUUAACAUACACAAA